AUGGAUGCAUGUAUAGAACUCGCCUGCUUGCAGUCGGCCUCUGGCAACACAGCCACUCACUCUACUAACGGUUCAGUUUCCGGUUCCGGCUCCCUUGGUACAAUUGGCCUGGCUUCUACAUCCACAAUCGGUACCAGCGGUGAUGCUCCCAUGGUCAGCAGUAACCCCACUUCUGUUGGACAGUCAAUUUCCGCUGUUACUGUCAAUGCAGUCGGUACAGGCUCUGGAACCGCACAGCCUCCAAACUGCUACGUGAUUGUAACAUUAAAGGAAGCCUCACGCAUGUUCAUUCAUCUUGAUAUGCAUUACCAACAUUCUCUUGAUCAGCGCCGGCCGCCAAGGCCUAGCCGGACCUCUCCAGAACACCUGGUUUCCCCCGGGCUUAGUGUUGGCACAGACUCAAGCCAAUCUAUCAGUUUCAUGCAUCAAUCAGGUAAUCGGGUUAAUGAUGCCUCUCUGAAGCUUCGAGCCGCUGCAGCCGCCGCAGCUGCCGCCGUCGCGCUAGAACGUCUGGCUGGGCAGCCCGAUGCACCAGCUCGCCACUGGCUAGACUAUCUUGCACGUUACCUGUGCUUACCAUCUGUCGGGUGGUCAUCUACUAGCGUGCCUAUUUCUCCACGCCUCUGCGCUCGAAUUCGACCUGUAUUUCUUUAUCGGAACGUGAAAAAAUGUGUAGACCGACUUACUCGUCAAGCAAUGCAUAGACGCUGCCGGCAACUUAUAUCCACCGGAGAUGUUCAGCCUGAAGAGCUCGCCAUUAGUUCUCUUGCUACGACUUCGGGUAUCUCUUCAACCGAGCAAGCGCAGCCUAGUGAGCCUAUAGCUGAUUCUCUGGCUCCUAGUCAAUCGGAUAGUGUUCCCUUGCUUUUUGGUGCUGCUGGCUUUGAAAGAGAUGCUUGGGAAUUAAUGCGUUCUGUGUUUAGAAAUGAACUCACUAGAAAAGAGGUGAGUAUUUUGUGGUUGAUUUUUUAUUCUAACUACACGUAUUUCUUCAUAUGUAUGCCAAGUAUAUGGAUCACUCAAUUUAAUAAGCGCUGGAAUCGAUAUAAUUAUUUCCUAGGAGUACACGCUGACAUAACACGUUUUUGUUAUAUUCGGAAGAAUGAUCUGAGGCGUGAAUGGUAUUGGAUUAACUUAUAUACUACCAAGCGAUUUGAAAAAUGUAUCUCUUUUGGAAGGUGCCAUUAA